ACCGAUGAUUAGUAUUGUCGAACGGAAUUCGAGUACUGAUUGCGGUAAAAGCAUCGUUACGGUAGCUGUUAGUUCAAGUUAAAGGCUCGCAGGGAUACCAUGGAGAACGACACCCGCAGCAAAGAUUCCCAAAGCUCAAUGUGGUCUGUGCAAAAGGGUACGACCACGAUGUUCAUCGCCGAAGUGCUGGGCACUGCGAUACUUCUGUUCAUUGGUUGCAUGGGUUCUUUAGGGACGAUGGGACCGAUAUUGCCACCGCCAUUACAGACAUCUAUGGCGUUCGGUAUGACUGUCAACCUUUUGAUUAUGAUGUUAGGACAUAUAAGCGGUGCUCAUUUAAAUCCUGCUGUCACCAUAGGGGCAGUUAUUCUUGGAAUUAAAACCAUUCCAACGGGUAUUCUCUAUGCAAUAGCACAAUUUAUUGGAGCUACUAUCGGAUAUGGAUUACUAAUGACAAUAACUCCGCCCGAGUUGUUCAAUGAUGGAUAUUCUAAUUCAUCGGUGGGUCACUGUGUAACUGUCGUUCAUCCUGGAAUCAACACCACGCAAGCCAUUUUAAUCGAAAUUCUUUGCACGUCGUUCAUACUUUGCGCAGCGUGCGCUACUUGGGACCCAAGGUGCGCUCAUACAACAGAUUCCACGGCGAUCCGAUUUGGGUUCUCUGUUGUUGGCAUUUCACUCGCGGCGAGUCCUUACACUGGUUGUAGUAUGAAUCCUGCGCGUACUUUCGGCCCAGCGUUUUGGAAUGGGAAUUGGACGGAUCAAUGGAUUUACUGGUUCGGACCGACUGCAGGUGCUUUCCUUGGAACAUAUACAUAUGUGUAUCUGUUUGCGGAGAAAAAAGCGGACGUACAGGACCUACAAGAUCAUCUUAGGUAUAUAGAAAUGAAGUCGAUUAAAGCAUCGUUGCAAGAUAUACAUGCCAAAGAAGAAAAAAAUUUUAAGGAAGAAAAUCUCGUAUUAGUAAAGGGCGAGGAAGCUGCUUGAUAACCGUUAAGGUACGAUUAUUCAUUAUCGACCGUUAGCAACAGUAUUCCAUAAUACCUAAAGUAGUUCAAUGACGCCACCACGGGUGUCGCUGCACGUUAAAGUAUAGCGUGCACUGUAUUUCCAUCAACGUAUAUUGCAUUUAUCUCGUAUAUAUUUAUCUCAUCUUGUAUUAUUUUAACAAAAUUGACAUCACUUACUUACUAUUUAACAGUGUAAGUGUGAUUUAUAGAUUAAUUAUUUUAUGGUUAUGUAGUUGUAGGAUGUAUAAAUAAUGUAACGAUUUCUUUAAUUCAAAUUAUUUAAUAUUGCCGGAUGAUAUGAGAGUAACUUGUACUAAGUGAUGCAACAAUUCUCAAUAUGUCUAAUUUAAAAAUUCAUAUAUUUAUAUACAAAAAAUAUAUUUAAGUUCAUUAAAAAAUCGAAAUGAGACGUAAUUUCAUCUAAGUAGGUACAUACAGUAUUUAGUGUGUCAGAGUAUCUUUCAAGUAUUUUUUAAUCAUACAGUUCAUACGAUUUCUAUUUAAAGCUAUUCUAUUUUCUCAAAGUGCUCAGCAUUUUCCUCAAUGAUCUGCUUUAAUGAACCAAUCUAAUCAAUGUAUGUACACACUAAACAAAUAAUUACUUUAAGAACGUAGUCAAGUGACGACGUGGAAAGGUUUAUUUCUGACAUGAAAAUUCUGCGCAGAUUCAUGUUCCACAAAUACGUCGUCACAAUUUGAAUCAAUAGGGCGGCUCUAGAAUUUUAAGCUCCGAUCACACUUGUGUUCUACGUCUUGGGGGUUAAAUUACUUACGAUGUAACAAAACACCUGCUUGCCAGUUGUGUAUUUUAUUUUCAAUUCACAAAUUGCAUUUGCAGUAUCUGAAGUUAUAAAAUUUCUUAGAAUUGGAAGCAUCAUUACCUUUUUAUUUUUUUAUUAAAGUAAAGUUGACGUGCAACGUGUCCCUGUAACCAUUUUAUCUAUGUAUAAUGAAUAUCAUACCAGUCUAGACGAAAAUGGAAACGUAAUGGAAACAAAUGUUUGUUUUUUCCGAGUUGCGCUUUAUUAUGAAAAGAUCAAUACGUGAAACGAGGUGAUAAUCAUUGGGUAUAAACCUAUUAUUAGUUCUUCCACACAACGUCUUAAUACUUUUUUUCAUAAAAUAUACCGUCAGGAGCACCACUAAAUAACCACCAGUUAUAGACAUGCAAUUAUUUCACCAGAUUGAGGUGCCGUAUUAAUGAACGAAUCGAUUAUUUAAAGAGUUAAUUUUUACUUUAAAGCUCUUUGACAAUAAAUUUUAUCAACGACUUGUUUUUAUGUGCAUCGCUACCCUAUAUGUAAACGGUAUCGGAUUUCUAACCGCAACAUGUUGUAAAAACAAAGAGGAAACACAAAACAGGGAGAUAGUUCUCAGGUUAUAGUAGCCGCAGCGGAAUAUGUAUUAAUCGUGUAAUGUAUAAUUUGGUCUAACUGUGCGUAUCUGCGUAAGCUGUAAUUAAGGAAACCUCCCAUAUAUUUCGACAUAGCUUUACGCGUAAUAUAUUUCCAAACAAUUCAUGAGAAUUUUACUUUUCCGAGAUCAGGGCUAAUUGCGCGUUUAAACGUUGUUCUACUCGUUCAAAAGGAACGACCCAAGAGUACGUGAUCAAAAGCACGUCAUUACAAGUACUCUGGUACAUUUAUUAUAUACAUAUAGAUGGACGUUUUUCUAUUUUUCUAUACACACGCGUGCGCGUGAUACACACACACACAUAUGUGAGUUUUAUUCUAUAUAUAUAGAAUAAAAUUCAACCGCUGCAACUAUCGAUUACCCGCUGCAUCCAUCCAUGGAACGUUCUGGAGACCGAGACUGGAGCAUUUGAAACACGUUGUUUCUGUUUUCAAUUGAUUCGUUUCUUCUAUUGUUAAUAAUAUUAUUUGUUUCUAUGAGAAUAAAAUCCAAAAUCUCAAUGACAGAAA